CUGAAUUCAAAAUGGCGCUCAAAUGUCGCAGACAAGAGAAAGUGGUUUACAGCUUUUAUAGCUACAAUAUUUUUUAAUUCUUCCUACAGGUUCGGUAGAAAUGUUUCAUAAAAUAAGAUCUUUUAUCCAUGAGGCUGUAGAAGCGGUGAGUUUUUUUAUUUUUACCAUUUACAGAGAUCAUUCGCUAAAAUUCUAUUUUCUGGAUCUCAGUUGUGAGGAUUUCCUGACUGCAAAUUUCUUAAAUAUUCAAAAUAAGUUGUUAUAAUAAACAUUUCAGCUUGCUCCUGAUGUCCCUCUACAAGAAACGUUUGUAUUCCAUUGGAAAGCUAUCACUAAUUAUUUUAUAGAGGCCACAGGUAACAUUAAAAUCAAUGUUGUUAUGUAGUACAAGUUCAUGUAACUUGUUCUGUGUUUAUUUACACAUGCUUACGUGUUUAAUUGGUUUACCUAUGCAUAUAAAUUUCGUGUCUGGCAGAUGAGAAAGUUCCCGUACAGUCCACUAAUAUUCCAUAUCACUUGGAACAAAUGUUGGACAUUUUACGACAUGAAGAAGAUGACCAGAAUGGGGGUGCAACGGUAAUCUUUUAAUAAUAUAUUUUUAAUUCCAAAAUCAAAGUGCCGGUGGUAAUUUUAUUUCUGUUUAUCUCGUAGGUAUCUUUUAUCUUUAAUUUGGCUCAUGCAUGUGCUAUAAAAUGUAAAAGUAAUGCUUAUCUAUCAUUAAUCACUUUCACCAUAUGGUGUAGAACACACAACAGAGCAGAGCUCCAAUUUGAGUGUGUCAUUACAGAUAACCCAACCGGCCCAGGAGAGGUUGGCUACAUCACCAGGAUCUACAUCCUAGAAAGUCUAACUGUUUGCAGAUGUCAUUGAAAAGGCAGCACUUUCUCAUCAGUUAUUUAAAGACCCCGAGUGUUGGUCCGGCUGGGGUUUGAAACCACGACCUCCCACUCAGCAGACUGGAGCUCUGCCAACUGAACUAACCAGGCAGCGGUUAUGCUAUAUGGCUUAGUGCUAACACUCUUCCUUCUUUUUGAUGUCAUGUCAUGCAGCCUUGUGUUUCAUUAUCUACAGUGUAUUCCUGUCCUUAUAAUACCGGGUAUACCGUAUUUAUUCGAUUAACUGCCCUGGGCGCUUAUUAAAUUUUUGGACCUUUAGAGUGGGCGCUUAUUCAAGGUGGGCGCUUAUUCGAGGCUGGGCGCUUAUUAAAUUUCACCAUUUUCAGCAAGUGUAGUAUGUUUAUUUUGCAACAAAACGCGAAGAAGUAUCAAAGCAAGGUUUCUGUGUAAUACUCUGAGGAAAACUCCGUCCUCGGGGAAGUCUCUUAUUAGAAUUUAUUCACUCAAGUGGGUGGGGUGGGGGUGAGUGCGUAUUUGAGUUUGAUUGGGAGGAGAAGGGGGUGGGUGCUUAUUCGAGGUUGGGCGCCUAUUAACUUUUUCUGCCUUUAGGAUGGGCGCUUAUUUGAGGUGGGUGCUAAUUCGAGGUUGGACGCCUAUUCGAAUAAAAUACAGUAAUUUGGAAGGGCUAGAAUUUUUAUUGUCAAAGUUCCUAGCACCUACUGACUCUAGAAAAUAUUAUGUCACUCAAGCUCACUGGCAAUGCGGACAGACGUGGGUUAUUGGGCUGUUAAACAUUGAUUGUCUGCAUGUCCCCAGGAGGGAGGAGGUUUUCAAGAGUCACUUCUGAAGGGGAAAGACUCGUAUUUUUUGGACUGAGUUGUUUGAAAGACAAUUAGCACAAUUCCACAGUUAGUUACCAUGACAACUCAUAUAAUCUGUUUGCUACGGUGGCCCACUAGUUCCACUGCCUCACAUUUUAAAGCAACUCUGUGUCUACAUAAAAACUCAUCUGCGCCAUGCAUUUGUUCUUCUUUUUCAUACAAGUAAUAAGCCAAUUGUUUAUAAAUUGACUUCGUCUGUUAAGCCUUCUCUGUAGAAACACGCAUCACGGAUUGAAAAUUCUUGUUUUCUGAUAUUGAAUGUAACCAAUCACAGAGCAUUUCGAUUCUCUUCUGGUUGAAGCUAGAAGUGUGAUUUUAAGGAACGCAUUUGUGAAAAUUUUAGCUUUUUCUUUUAUAAAGAGUUGCAGGAGUUUCCUAAACAAGUGUGCACAAAGAUUCCCUACACUCCCUCUAUAAAGUUGGCCAUAAUCAAAAUUAUUACAGGAAAUGGCGGGAAAGACCCAGCGGAGGAGUACGUUGAUUUCAUGGGGGUCUUUUCGUUUUCCAAUUUGGUGCCUUAACGGGAAGACCCUGAAGACGAUUGGUGGGUGUGGUGUGGUGGAGGAUGGAGGUUUUUUAGGGGGGAGAGGGGGUGAGUGGCAGGCAGUGGUUGCAGGAAUUAAGGACUUGAGGAGGUUCAUUUCCACAGGGAAUCAUUUUUCUGCGAUUUUGUAUGGAAGAGGUUCUUCUCCAUGGAAAAAAGUGUGUUUCCAUGAAAAAGGCUCAUUUUUGCGUAGGAGGCAUAUUUCUAUGGAGGAGGGAUUUUUCUACAGAGGAGGGGUGUUUCUACAGUGGAGGCUUAUUUUUACGGCAGAGGCUGCGUACAAUUCUACAGAGAAGGCUUAUUUCUGCGAAAAGGUCAAUUUAAAAGCAAUCGGCUUAUUACUUGUAUAAAAAAAGAGGAACCAAUGCAUGGCGCAGAUGAGUGUUUAUGUACAGACAGCAUUGUUUUAAAAUGUGAAGCAGUGGUGCUAGUGGGCCACUGCUUCCUCGUCAAACCAGGAUUAGAGCAAACCAGGUUUUAAACAGCUCAGUUGUGAAGGGUAAAAUUCAGUGGUGACUCAAUAGGGGCGAGAUUGUUCCAGGUGUUCAGAUAGUAGAGCGCAGGCAGAAAAUUGACAAGGAAAAUAAAAUAAGGGGAGACUAUGUAGGGAAAAGGGGAGGGAAGGUUCCUUCGAUCUAGCCCCAGUCUUCUCUCGUUUUUCCACCUGGUUUUCCCUGUGUAUGGUCUAACUCGCUCCCCACCAUCUGAAUGCUGUACUCUACUAUCUGAACACAACGAACAGGCUAGAGCUAGGAAGAUAAAAUUAAUGAUAUAGGAAUGACUGAUUGAAUGAAUGGCAAUCUUAAUGUCAUGAACAAUAGGUUUAAAACUGGUGUUUUAUUAGCUAGACUGCUUCUGUUUUAGCCAAGCUCUCUUAUUGAGGAACACAGAUUCAGUGACUUCCAGUUCAAUUUCUGAUCCAGUCUAUUCCUUCUACACAAGCUGGUAAAAUAAGCUUAUGUGAAAUUUUUUAUGUCUAAUAGGGGCCUUGUUUGGAGUACUUGUUGCAGCAUAAAAUUUUAGACACCCUUCACACACUUGGAAGAGCAGAUGUAAGAGUUAACUUUGUUUCCAAAUACUUAAACAAUAUGUAAAAUAAUUCCUAAAUUUCUUGAGCAGAACUAUGAUUACAUAUUAAUUUUAUCCGCAUAAAUUAAUUACAGUAAUGUAUUGCUUAAAUUUCAUUACAUGUACAUAGGAUAUUACAAAAUAACUAAGAUAGUAUGCACGCUCUGAUUGGCUGAGAGGAGUGUUUGCAUGAGAGUAUGUAUACAUGGUUGUGGUGUCAAGAUGUUUUGCUUUUCGCUCGCUAAUCUCGCAAGCACGAAUUUGAAAAAGUUUUCGAGUUCAAAACUCAACAAGUUUACUUUAUUUACCCAUUUCUUUGUUGGCUUAAACUUGGAAAAUCGUUACAAAGAAGGUGUGUCAAUUUUUCUUUGCUUAAGCUGACAUUUUAAGCGACAAAAAUCUGUAUUUUGGAAAGCAUCUUUUUGUAAAACAAGAACUGAUUACGCGUGCAAGACCUCAGUCGUGUACAAGACUUUGCGACUGGUAAGAAUUUCUCUUUUAACCAGUGCCAUACAAAGAGUUUUGCGGUUUUUCUCAGGAAAGUUGUUUUAUAAAAGCAAUAGCAAACUUUUUUCCUGUUUUUGCAUAGCCUGAUAUAAACACGAGAGGCGUUGGGAGAAUUCUCGACAAUUAUGAAAACCCUUGACUUCGUCUCGGGUUUGCAUAACUGUCUCGAAUUCUCCCAACCCCUCUAAUGUUUAUAUUAGGCUAUGCAAACAUGGAAAACGUUUUCUAUUGCUUGAUUACAGAAUAAAGGUUUAUGGUCACCCCGUUCCAUGGUCAGGUCAUCCGAAGCCAGAUCAUUGCAUUGUAUAGGAGAAGCAUAGAUGGUUCCACAGUUUCAGUAUAAAUUUGAUAUCAAGUGUGCUUUUUUGUCUUCUUGGUUUGAAGAACAAGGUAUAUACAUGAGUAAUGCUCUUGCUUCUGCUCGUGACUUUAACUUGUAAAAAGUUCCGACUAUAGUAUUGUGGAACAAUCUGACCUUUAAGUGGAAUGGUCUGACUCCAGAUACCCAAAUAAAUUGAAGGCAUGUUCUGGUUUACAGUGUAUAUUUUUAUUAAAUUGUAUUAUUUGAUUUAAUUUUUAUUGUACAGUCUGUGUUUACUUUUAUAAGAUCUUGUUCUCUCUUGUGAAUUUCAGUGUCCACCUGGAAUGAAGCAACAGGUGUUACUGUUCUUCGCAAAUUUGCUGGCGAAAAUGAAACAGCCUCUUUUGCCACACGUCAAUGUGUACCGACCCGUUCAUGUAAGUAAUCAUGGUAGAUAUCAGUAAUUACUAGAAAUAACCAAAGGUUAGGGAGUGCGGGCGACAACAGUCAGAGGUGCAAACGCAGCCCUCUUGCUGUUACGCUGUGCUUUGCGUUAAUUUCAUGUGACAGAUGAUCAAACAUGCAUGAUCAGAGUACGAGUGAUAAAAGGUCCAAAAGCGCAUGAUCAAACUGCGUUAUGUGCCUUCCAUUCAUUCUUAGUGGAAGUCCAAACGAAUGCUGGCUACAUACGUGCGAUGCAUCGUAAUGGCAAUCCGGAGAUUAGGAUUGCAGGCUCCUCUUGUUGCCCGCAAUUACUGGUAUAUUUAAUCUUAGGUUACAACAACGUGAAGGCAGAUAACCCAGGGCUAACUGAACAACCUAUCAUUUUGCAACAUUUUGGUAAUCGUCAAAUUAACUUCUCAGAUGUUAUUUUUUUGUCUUUGAAUCAAGUACCAGGAAUGCUCUUCUUGAUUUGUGAACAAUGUUGUCUUGAGCAUACAUUUGAUCAUUUUUUGGUCAUAACUUUAAGUGCUGUGAAGAAAUUUAAUCUUUGUUUCCUAGUACUGGCUACUCCUUUACAUUACAUUUUAUUUCACUUGAGUAUUAUUUUAUUACAAUAACUGACCUAAAUUAAGGGAUGAUAGUGAGUUCAGGAUGAUGCAAUUUCGCUUGAUGUAUUAUGAUUGUAAAAGAACUUUUGAUGUUUGUAAUGGAUUGCUACCAAAAAUAAUCCAUACUCCCCCAUGGAGUCCUUAAAGGUUUGGCCUGUUCCCUACUCCACCCUUUAUCUUUUGCUUUUAAAGAUUUAUUUAUUGUUAUAACCGUGCUCCCUGCUGAAGUUUCCGUUGGCUCUUCAUCCAUACAGAGAUUUUCUGAGACACUCAACGUAAUUUGCUUGGGACAAGUGAGAAUGCUUAAAGUAUAUUUAUUUUGUGAAGUCCAAUUGUAUUUGCAGUUUUAACAUGAGCGUGAUAUUUUGUUUGUCAGGCUUCAGUUUUUGCUUUACUCCUCUAUCUAACUUUUUCGCCUCAGAGAUUGAUUAGAUUAUGUGGAGAAGUCAAGGCUGCCCCAUCUGAGAAUGAAGAAAUCCAGUUUCUGUGUGUUGUGUGUGCAAAAUUACGACAAGAUCCAUACUUAGUGAACUUUUUCCUUGAGGUGGGUUACUGCAUGCUGUGCUGAUUAUUAUACAUUGUUUAUUUGUUUGUACAUGUGUAUUUACAAUGUGAACCAAUCACCUUUGAUGUAAUACAGUCACAGCUCCACUAAUGGAAACGUCUCCACAACUGCCACCUUUACAACAGCCACCUUUUUGGUGGGUAGUUGCUACAUUAUACACUUAAUGUUAGAUCCCGAGGGAAACAAUUUUGUUUCCUGCAAGUCUUGAGGGACACAUCAGGACUCGAGAGAAAACAAAACUGACUGGUUUCCCGAGGGACCUGACAUUAAGUGUUUUGUUAUAUUUCUAGACUUUCACUUUAACAGCAACAAAAGAAUAACCAGAGCAAAUCUAAACAGUUGACUCGGUACUUAUAAGAACAAAAAUUUAAUUCUCAAAACCACUGAAUGAAUGAUUUACAAAGUUCUUUCCGUAUAUUAUCUGCAUCUUAUUCCUCCCACUGUUUCUCUUCUGGCAUAACUUUGAAAAUUGAUGCAUUUUUGCUGGAGGCUUUGUGUUUGUGUUGUUGUGUUCAUUCACGAAAAAGAAAACUGGCAGUGUUUUUCCUGCCUCUUGUCACACCACUUUCCACCAUGCUUUGAAUACAUGCUGUAAUGUUUCCCGAGCAGAGUACAAAAUUAAUGCUCAAAUGUAUCAUGAUUGGGAUACAUUUGAUUUUAGUCAAAGCCAUGUGACCAAGAAUCAAACAAUGGCAGUCCCUGUUUAGUUGAGUGGAAGUCUAGGAACAUAACAAUGACUCUUGUUUAAAGCUCUUUACAACAGCCACUUUCUUGGCCAACCUACGUAAUAUUUACUUAAAUUACCAAUCAGAGUUUGCAAUCAUUUUACUGGUAACGAUCUUUCUCGAAACCUUUGUCUGUAAUCAUCGUCAUCAUCAUCAGGUCAAGCUGUCAUAAUAUUACUGUAAAAAUGAAGUCAAUUUUAUUGUACAAGUUAACAGUAAUAUUGUAAUGGAGAUUACUUUAUUCAUACAUAUGAACUGUGCAUAUUGAGCUUACUUUCACUCGUUCACUCAAAAUUUUUUCAGCGCAUUUAUACUUUUGGUUUGUUUGUUUGUUUGUAUAUUGCUCCAAUAAAACAAAGUUAAUUUUAUUUAAUUUCAAAUGGCAAUCAAAUGCUUUGUUUUUGUGAAAAACUAAUAAUGCUGGCCCUAGCACCAUAAUUCAUUCAAUAGAAUUUAACUGUCUUAAUUUCAUUAUGUAAUAAUACAUUAUUAAUCUUGUUCUUAACCAAUAAAACUUAUCAGCUUCAUAAAAAUACAGUUUAAAUUAAAUAUCUCAUUACAUGAAAUUUUGGCGACAUGUUAAUUUAGCGAUUUUGAAAAAUCCUUAUUGGCACUGGUUUAUAUGGUGAUUGUUUGUAAAUUUUGGAAUGUAAGACACUUAAGUUUUGCAAUUUCACAAAAUGAAACUUUGGUGAAUUAAGGUAUUCAAAACUUUUACUACAACAAUGGAACAUUUAUGUGAUAAAAUCAUAAACGUCAAUAGCUUCAUUUCAAUCAAAAUCAUCAACAUUCUAAAAUUUAAUUUUGAACAAAACAAAUGAGGCUGCAGCUGUAAUGUCAUAUGUUAAUGCUGUCCUCACUCAUUUUUAGGUACAAUGUCACACAAAGUCGAUGAUACACAUCAUAAUCGACCAUCAAAUAGCAUACAUGUUUGUGUGUGAAACUGACCAGAUGACUGAAUUUUAUAUUGUACUCAAUUUAAUCUAGUGACGAUUUAAAUUUAGCGAUCAUUUUUAGAAAAGUCGCUAAAUUAAAGUGUCGCUAAAAUUUCAUGUAAUGAGGUAGUCGUAUGCAUUCCAAGCAGAGAACAUUAAACAUCCUAAUUUGCUGUUUACUUUUUUGUCUUCAAUCAUUUCCACUCCAUACUCUAUGUGUGUACUUCCACUCUCACUUUGCAUUGUUGGGAAAUUCAAUGCAUAUCCUAUUGAAUUUUCUUUUUAUCUUCAAUUUCAAUUGAGAGUUAACUUGCUUGUCCCUACACAUUCAUCCCUCUUGGUUUUACAGUGAUUCAGCCAUCUUGAAAAACAAUAAUGUAUCUUUCACAAGCAGUCACUUCCUCAAAAUAAUCACUUGUCACUUUCAUACAGGUUACUCAUCAACAGUCCUAUAUUUAGGGCUACACUGACCCACAUAGGGUCAUAUUCAACCUACACAUGACUUGACCUGCCCUGUUCCUUUUCAAUCUAAUCAUUAGAUUGAGACUUUCAAUUCAUGACAUCAACACCAUCUAGUACAUGUAUUUGAGAAGUGGUCAAUCUGAUCACCUUAAUAUUUAAGACGGAAUCCAUCAGGGAAUUGAGUAAUUUUAAUUUUCAGUGGACAAAAACCUUGUACCAGAAUAAUUUAUAUAAACAAUGUCGCAUUCUUUUUUACAUUUUUCAUGAGCUAUAGAUAUGCUGGUAAUUAGUUAUCUGUAAUAACACCAAAGACUGUCUCUCAUGGAAGCCCAAGAAAAUAAAUGUCAUUAAUUUCACAAGAAUUGUGAAAACACAAGUAAAAUUCUGAAAAUUUCAUGUGUACAAUAAGAUGUCAUUUUUGUCAAAUUUGACAUUUGUUUUCUCGGGGUUUUAAUAGAAAAUUUUUGUUGGUGUUAUUACAGAUAACUAAUUACAUCUAUAGCCCUUGAAAAAUAUAAAAAAGAAUGCAAUGUUGUUUAAAUUGUUCUGGUACAAGGUUUUUGUCCACUGAAAAUUAAAUUAAUUAAUUCCAUCUUAAUCUGUUGUCAACUGUGUUCUCUUUUCCUGUUAUUAGACCAACUCUGCUAGAACUACCCAUGUCUUGCCAUCUGGUGAGCCACUGGUAUGGACCUAAUCUUUGUCUGUGCUCUUUGUCUAUACUAUUUGUCUACCUCUGCCAAUUUUUGCCUCAUCCUUGGUGGCAAAAAUUCAUGUUUCUCACCUUUAACCACUUGGUUUUCUGGAAAUUGUAGUUAUAGUUUUGAAAGACAUGUUACAGUAUCUCUACCAGAACAGUGAAAAUUUUUCACAGUGAUAAAAAUGUGACAAAAAAUGUGACAGUGAUAUGUCUGUGUUACCCUAAAAAAAUGAAAACGACAGCUGACUUUGAGCCCAUUGAAACAUUCAAACAAGCUAUUCAUGUCAUUGCUGUGUUUAGUACCAUAUAAAUAAAUUGUCAGUUUCAAGAGUACCAAAGACAUCAUCAGCUACUGCACUAUGCCUUGAAGUUCAUUUAGUGCAUGUCUGUAUUGCCUGAGAAAACAGCUGACAUGUUGCAAUGCUGUCACCAAUGUCUGUGGAAAUUGCAGAGAAAUUCCAUUAUGAUGAUGUGUCACUACCCAUAUCUGGGUAGUGCUUCUGGUUGGUUGAAGCAAAUUUCCCUAGCAGCAUGUCCAAUCAGAAGCGCUACGCAGAUCUGGGUAGUGACUUGAUCGUCAUCAGUAUGGAAUUUCUGGGCUCAUUCCUCAGACUUGUGUUGUAGGGAGACCAGUGGUGGCGUCACGAAAUGUGCACUGUUUUCUCAGGCUGAUGUCUGUGACAAUAACAUGUACAUCAGUUGUGAAGGGUAAAAAAAAAACAGAAUAACAAAAUUAUUGCCCACUUGCCUAGAGUAACACUAAAACCGGGUAAUGUUAUUGAAAUAGACUACAGCUUAGGUUAAGAAACUGCAUUUUACUGUUAAUUCUUAAAUCUUCUUCUUAAAACUCUAAUUUAAUUUAUAAAUUAAUCAAUAAAUAAAACUACCAACCUGAUGAAAUCAGAAUAGCAAACUAUUGACAAAUGUUAACAAGUAAGUUAAACUAAUGUUCUCCUGAAAGUAUUAUCAAUUUUUGUGAUAUUUUGGGUAAUGCUCUCUCCUUGAUUAAAAUUCUGGUGCAGUGAGUUGUAUACUGAUGCUACCCCCAAAAUAACUUUUAUUGUUCACCUGUAGCUAUAACAGUUAUCAGAUGUGUAAAGCCAUUUCUGUAGCUUUUUUUUAAUUCCAGCCUUCUACAAGGGUAAACUAUUUAAAGGAGUUGCUACUGCUUAUACUGCACCUGGCAAAAUAAGUGUCAUGAUGCAUAUGUUUACUUUGAAGUAAAAGAACUGUCUAUCACUCUUCAAGCAUUAAUUGCUCGGACUACAAUAGGAGAAAUCACCGGAAAAUACCGGUACAAAUUAAUUAAAGCAUUUGUUUUUUAAACUAAUGUUUUAGUCACUAGGCACAAGUCCAUCGGGUACCCAUUCACCGUCAGAAGAGUUGCACCCUCCACCUGUUAAAGCCCAAGCACGUGACAAGCCAGAUUAUACCUUGGUGAAUUCUCUCCUUACCUUAUCCAAGAGUGAGGUGAUUUACACUGAAUGUUCUUUUUUGGUUUUGGCCUUGGGCCAUUAUACUUUAACUGAUUGUUGUUUUUUUUCCUGUAGGACAGUAGAAUUGCUGUGAAAGCAUGUGAAGGACUAUUGCUUUGUGCAUCUCUUCCUGAAGACCAUGCAGCCACUGUGAUUAUCCUUUAUACUCCAUUCUGUGAAGUCAUGGUUAGUAUCCAGCUGAUGUUACUGUAUUACCUUUACCAGUCUUAGAAAACACUUAAUUAGGAAGAAAGUUCUGGAGUAAAAGUAAAUGGUAUUAACUCAAGAAUUCAUUUGUUCUGUCUUAAGUCAGGGUGCAAAGAAAGUCAGUUUUACAGCUUGCCAUUCAGGCAAGCUGUAGUUAGAAUGUACUAGCCCAAAAGUCAUUUUAACAAGCCAGAUGAUGAGCAGGGUUGAUAACAGUUCUUUUGUCAUUACAAUUCCUUAAAAUUUCAAUUGUCAGGCAGGCAAGUUAAGAACAGAAUUCACUAGCCCAAUAGUAAAAUCCACUUGCCUCGGGCUAUCUGACACGCUGUCUUUGCACACUGUAGGCGCACUGUUUGCAGCUGUAACCCACCCUUCCAGAAAAGCCUCCUUUUGUCUUCUUGGUCAAGGAGGAGAAAAGGUGUCUCUGCGUGAAUCGCAUCAAGCCUUUGAAGUUGCCACAGCCCAAACGUUUGGACUAGUUAAUCUUGUUGUUCCUCGUCAAACUGGUUUUUUUUUUCAGUAAAAGCGUCGGUUUAUUGAUAAACCGUUGGUCAUAACCAUGCCUGCUGGGGCAAGCGCACAGCUAUUAGGUCUGGGUUCAAAACUGUAUUCUAGCAACAUUUCAAGCACGCUUAACAAAGAUCUUACCUGAUUUAUGCAGAGUCUUUCUCAAGUAUGCUGAAAUCAAACAAGCGAAAAAAAUGCUCUGCUGGCAGGAUGCAUGUCUGUAACCCUGUCAGAGUGACAAGUGACAGACAAUAAUUUGGUUGUAGCUUUCUGUCUCUAAAAGCACAAUGGAAGGGAUCUGUAAACAUUUUUGUUACUAUAACAGUAAAACUGUACUCUGAAAUAUGAUUUUUAUUAGUUUAAUGCAUCCCUAGUGCACUUAAAUAAAUGGAGCUUACAUGUAAGUACAGUCCAGGCCAAAGUUACUCAAGAGGUGGAUAAUGCUAACCAGUUGAUAGAGUAUGUUGGUUUUCCUAAAUCCACUGAAUAGUGAUUUAUCUGGUAGACAGUCCUACCGAACCUUCACCCGGGCCUGCAGUUUGAACUUGUUAGCCACCAUAGCUUUGUAAGUAACAAGUUUUGUCUACUAGCAAGAAUUAGUACUUUCACUGGCUUUUUGUUUUUGUUUUUAGGUCACAGAAAUAGCUGAGAAGCAACAUUAAAUCUGAUCACCGACAUCUCUUUUAUGUUUUCACAGGCAGACAGAUUGAAAGUGUUAUUUGAACAUUUACCCCAGAAUAUGGAGCCAAUAGAUAUAUCAGCUAUUGCUGCCAAGUGGGGGUAUGUUUGAUUUGCUUAGUAUCGUAACCAAUGAAUAAAGUUUAAUGGAAGAGGAUUAGGCGUUCUAGAAUCAAUUUUGGAAGAGCCUCAGAAGUAGAAGAUCAUGGGCUUGUGAAUGGAUUGAUUCAUUGAUUUUUUCAACUGGCCAAGUGACUGGUCAAUUAAUUGCUAGUGAUUUAGCGAUUGAUUGAUUGAUUGAUCGAUCAAUCGAUCAAUCAUUCGAUUGAUUGAUUGUUUAAUCAACAUUGAUAAGUAACUAUCUAAUCUUUGGCACACACUUUUAAUUUCAGCCAAUCUCUUAAGUGUUAUUUACAGGAACUUAACUUGCCCGGAUUAUCUGGGGUCUUUUGAGGCACAUAGUGCAUAAGUUUUAAGACCAUAGAAACCCAAGUUAGCAUGUAGUAAUUACUAAUCUGUGAGGGUUGUCCGUACUCUCACCAUUAUUCAAUAGAUACUGUAGGUAAAGAACCUAUCAGGACUCCACUAGCACAACAGGGUUUAUCUGAUCAAGAAAUUUACUGUACCAUUGUUCCACAGGCUUGAUCAUCAGAGCGAUGAUGAAGAUGUGCUGUCAUUUCCUGGAAAGAGGCAGUUAAUUUCCUUUCUCUCCUGGUUGGAUUAUGUUGACCAGCUCUCAAAAGAAGCACACAAGGUGUGUUUGUGUGUGUAGUAAGUUAUUACUGAUUGAAAGCUUUUUUAAGCAACCAAAUGGGCCAAGCUGUUCAAAGCCUGGUUAGUUCUUAUGCAGAAGUAACUCUUUAAGCUCUAAUGUCCACAUACAAAUUCAUCACACUGAUUUUCAUGUAUAUUUCCUUACAGAAUUAGUCAACAUAAUUUUUCCAAAGACCAAAACAUUUUUCCUUUGGUGAUUCCUAACUCUCAUAACCUUUCUCUUGAAAAUAAUAUUGAUGUUGGACACUCUUAGGACUUAACCCUCUAAGCCCCAAUAUCCAUAUAUAAAUUCUCCUUACUGAUCUCCAUACAUUUCCUUAAAGAAUAAGGUGAGAGACUUUGUUUGUAGAUCAAAGUUAUUUCCAUCACGUGAUCAUUUUAUUAACUCUCACAACACUUUCUCUCUAUUAUGUGUUAAUAGUGUUAGGAAAUAAUUGACUUUGGUCACUCUUGGGACCUAAAGGGUUAAAGGGUUAAAUGUAGGGUUGUGACUUGAAGUGAAGUGACGCCUUUAUUUCAAGAGGGUAACACUUGACAGUUAUGAUCUUAACUGAUAAACCUGUGUGCUUUAGCAUUGCCCAUGGUCCCUGGUACUUUUCGUACCUCUGCCCUUGGGCAACUAGGAAAUCUAAGGGUGCUUUCCAUUUGUCAGAACUGACAGGCCAGACCAUGGCUGGAGCAGUCAUUUUGACAAUGAAAUAGGCUUUUCCCAGGAGUUUUUUUCUGAAAAAACAUCUCCUUCAUUCAUAGUAUUUAGCAUUUGACUGAUCUGGUUGGAUAGUUUUGAUUAAAAGUGAAAUUCUCAUUACUACUGGAACGGUAUGGCUGGUCAGUCCUGACUAAUGGAAAGCACCCUAAGUUGUUUAUAACAAUCAUUUCCUGGACACCCUGGAUUUCACAGAUCCACUCUUCUGAUAUCUGUCUCCUUUCCCCUUGUCCAUAGCUUGUAGCCAAAGCUCUAGCUGUAGGAGUGAGGGAAAGAUUUCUUCAACCAGUUAUUGAACCUGGUCUCUUUCAACAGUAAGUUGUGAUUAUCAUGGCCUGUAAAAAUACAGAAGGAGAAAGAAGAAAAUAAUAAUAGUAAUAAAAUUUAUCUUUAACAAGGAGGUCUACUGGUUUACAGAAGGGUCCUAAAAAUCAUGAAGUAAAAAACUUAAACCAUGUUAAAUGAUAAGUUUGCCUAUACUUAGCAAAGCACAUUCUAGGCCAUUCAAUUUGGCCAAGGCUACAGCCUAGACAAAAAAUAGUAAUUUUGUCAACCUUUUUUAAACCCAUUCGCCCCUGAACCGCCCGUAACCGCCCGUGCGGUCCAGGUCCUUUCUACCCAUUGUGACUUCAUCAGUUUUAACGGUCAAGGACAACUUUCUUCGCUAACUUGUGCAGAGUGAAGAGAUCUUUCAAACCAUACCAGAAUGAGCACAAUUCAGUCAAGGACACCAGAGAAACAAGCAAAAAACCACGUGACAUUGACCUGAAAAUCUCCAUGAAAAUCUUGUUCCAUUACCCACCUACCUUUCCUUUCACCUAAUCCUAAGAUCCUUAAAGCUUUCCUAAAAACUCUUCCCACCAAAAUCAAGCCUACUAAAUGCCCAGCAAGAGAAAAAAAAAAUGAGGCACGAAAAGCGAAAAAAGAAGGGAGGAGAGAAAGCCAAAAGUAAAAGCUGAUAUUUUGCAUCUGGAUCAGAAGGCCGCGAAGUCUUCGACCUGUAAACCAGUUUGUGGUAAGUUUUAGCUCUUUAUAGCACGACAGUGACCAGAAAACCACUCGACUAGCUUCAAAACGCGUUUUUCGGCAAAAUCUCCAGGAGCGAAUGGGUUAACCUGGACUCACUUUUUAAAUGGGUCUUUGAGUGUCCUCUGUUUACCUUCAUUGAUAGUCGUAGACUGAAAUAUAUUAUUGUAUUUGAAUAAUGUCUGAUUGACUGCCAGCCCUAACGUAUGUUGUACAAUUUUAGGUCAGAACUAGGUGUUAUUACCAUAACAGCAUUAUUAAGAAGAUGCAUACAGGCAGUUACCUCACCACAGCUACUGCAAGGUGUGUGUAUCUUUGGUUGAUGACCCGGGAAGGGCACUUGGGUAUUUUUUGGGUGGGUAUGUGCUACCCGGGACUCCAAAUUGGCACCCCGUUCUAGAAAAAAUUUCCCCUAAAAUUGAUACCCCGUUCUAGAAAUGGGCCAAUUUUUUAUACCCCGUUCUAGAACUCGCCCUAAAACUGAUACCCUGUUCUAGAAAUGGGCCAAUUUUCUAUACUCCGUUCUAGGGUGCAACAAAGAGUACAACGGUUUGCUUGUUAAUGCAUUGAACCGUAUUUUUAGAAGCAAUCUGUCCUUGAAUACUUUCAAAUGGCUGCUUGCAAAAGUGGAGCUUUCGUGCGUUUGAAAUAUUAUACCCCAUUCUAGAAAACGCCUCUGAAAUGGAUACCCCGUUCUAAAUCAGGAGCUUCAAAAUCACGACCCCUUUGGGCGGCACAUACCCAUAUAGGCAAUGUAUCGGAGUACCCCCUCAACCGGGUUGAUGACCACUAAGUAUUAUUUUAGUGGGUACCGUGCACUGUAAUCACUUACUCAAUAAUGAUUGAAACAAAUCCAGUAACUUACCUUCAAAAAUGAAAAAUGUUUGCCAUAAUACAGUUAACUCCUGAUAACUCGAACCUCAUGCUAUCUCAAACCAAAAUCGAUUUCCCCUGGAUUUCCUUCAUACAUUCAUUGCAGUUUUACCCACGGUAACUCGAACCCAUGAUAACUCGAACCUCUUGCUAACUUGAAGUAAUUUUUGUUUCCCUUCAGAUCGGUUCUUCGUAAGUUAACCCUCGAUAACUCAUUUGAAUCACUGUUUGAAGCAUGUGACAAGUUGGAAAUUAAAAACAGUGUACUGAAGUCCUAAACAUUCAAUUUAUUUCCAGUCAUUUCCUUCGAACUCCCAAUAACUUGAACUGCCGUAGCCUGCAUGGCUGGUGGGAUUAGGCUAACUUGUUUUUCAGCUGCAGAGCCUCAUUAAGAUUAGGAGCAAGUCAGAUUCAAAACUCAUGAGAAAUGUGGCAGGGGGGAUUUCCCUCGUAGCUUCCCUGCUUGCUUUGUAUCAAGAAGGUACCCCGGGCACAACAAUCCUGCCAGCUACAUAGGCUAGAACUGCCGAUAACUCGAACCUUUUUUUGAUUUCCCUUGAAGGUUCAAGUUAUCGACAGUUGACUUUAUUUACGUUGAACUGCUUGUGGGCCCUGUAAGCUGUUGUUUUUUGUUAAGUUAACAAAACAUUGAAUCACCCUGACUCCAAUUCAAAGGAACUUGAAACCUAAUUUCUUAUCCUUUAAAUUAUUUUCCCUAGAAAUGUGCAUCUUUCUCCUUGGUGAGGGGAUAACACCAGAAGUUCCAACUCAUGUAGGAGACCACAAAUUAAGGCAAACACUAAUCCAAAGAUGUGAUCACUUAUCUGAUGAGGUAAUGGAAUGAAGGGAUCAUAAAAUAAAAUGAAUAACACAUUAGGUCCAAAGUUUGUAUCAUUUUGGUCACACCAUUUUUAUUUUUAUAGAAAUCGUUUCUGGGACGUAACCUUCCGAUAAUAUUGUACAUGGACAAUGGUCUCCUCCAGUCUUACAAACAUUUUAACUAUUACCCUGUAAGCUUUCUAUAAAAUCUUGUUGACUAUAUUUAUUAUUAUUUUUUGAUGUUUUUCACCAUAUUUACAAACUGCAGUAAUAAUUUAAUAACUUUUAAUUAAACUAAUUAUCACUGCAAUUUGUAAAGUUUGCUGAAAACAAUGAAAUACUGCCAGAAAGAUGUUUAAUUUAGAUGCAGUCACAGGAAUUUUGUCCACACUGUCUAUCUGAGCCACAACAGGAGAAGGCUAAAAUAAUCCCACCUAAACUGAUUAUAUUUUUUGAAACCCACUUCUGAGUGCCAGCUAUAAUGCCAGUGCUCAAUAAGUCCUAUCUUGAUGCCUGUAGGAGGUAGAUUUUCCUGUCAGGCAAGUCCCGUACAAGUCAUGUCAAACUAAAUCAUAAAUAAUUAUAGUAGACAAGGAUGCAACUUCCCUCGGCAAGCAAAAUUCGAGGAAAAGUGUAAAUUGAAAUUUCUGUCAAGCUGUAUUAGUAUUGACACUUAAUUCUCUGUUGUAGAUCAGCAUAGAAACACUGAAGCUGUUCGAGACACUACUCAACAAACCCUGUGAUGUUAUUUUGAAUAAUCUUGUGCUUCGGAAUCUAAAAAGUAGGAAGUAUUACACUGCACCCUCAGUGCCCAAUGGAGAUACUAGUGCUACAAGCAAUGGACCUUCAGUGGCUGAUAAACUGGCACCUCCUUCACCUCACACAGGAAUCCCACCAUCACCAACAUCACCUUCAACUCCACCACUUACACCAGAUGGUCUGGGUUCUUCACAGAUUGGUGAAAAUGUUGAAAGAGAUGAAGUGGAACAAGUUGUAAAUAGGUACAUGUACAAAAUAAUGUAAAUUUUGGUGAACUACAACAUUCUUUUUGUGUUGCUUUUUCUUCGGUACACUCUUAUUAUAACAUUAAUAAUAUUGUAAAUAAUUUACCUGCCUCUCGUUAGUCCCAGAUCAACAGGGGCACCCAACGAUUGUUUUCUGUAUAAUAUUUGUUCAGAGAAGCAAAUAUGGCCUAGAAUUUUUUAUUGCUUGACAACUGCUUAGAAUUUCUAGAUGAACAUUCCAUUCAUGUACAAUUUUUGAAUCUUAUGUAAUUAAUUUUCUGUGAUUUUCUGAAGUCUAAUUUUUCACAUUUCUCUCCCCACAUUAGGCUAUUUUUCAUACAAAAAGGAAAACCUAAAAUUGUAUGCUUCCAAAAUGUAAUGGAGAGAAGAAUCAGAAAAAUUCUCACUUUCAUAAAACAUUAAUUUGCAUCUAAAAUUUUCUGGAAAAUAAUUCUUUAACCCUGGUAAUUUUGAAAAGACUCAAGUUCCCUUAGAACGACCAAACAGAUACAAAUUUUAUAGGGCUUCUUAGAAUGCAUUAAUUUCUAGAGAUCUUAAAGUACUCUGGAUAAUUUAAAAAGUGUUUUCAACGUGUUAUGUGGAGAUGGUCAUUGGAAACCCCUGAAUCAGUGUAUUCUUAAGACUGUGUGUGUUUAUGGCAGUGAUUUUUCCAAAAACACCCAUUUUAUCUCCAAAAUGACCUGUCUGAGCGGCUAGUUCUGGCGUUUGGAAAGUGGCUUUAGCCUUAGCAUGCGCUUACCAGUAAGAAUUUACAUAUCGAUAAAACUGUUAUGAUUCAUGAGUAUAAAUAUAGCUUGUUUUUAUCAUGGAUACAAGUUUUGUUUACCUGUAAAUUGCUAGUGAGUGUGCCAGGGUCAUUUCACUGAAAAAUGGAAAGAAUAAACAAACUUUUCCAUCCAUCUGAUCAUGAAACAGAAAACAACUGAUUCAUCUACAAGAGUUCUUCAAUGACAAACCUUUGAAUGGUGUGAUUUGUACAUGCAAGUGAUGACACACUUGCAACUGAAAGCAAACAUUCACUAAAAAAUCAUCAGUAUUAUGUGAAUAUUGUUUUAUACUAAAGCAUUUUAACUUAUAAGAAACAUUCUCUAAACUAGAGAUGUCUAUCAGUUUCAUUUCCUUAGUACCUGAUGAGAUAAAGACCUCAGCUUUAACAGGAGAUACUGGUUAUGACACUUACCUAAGAGAUGCACAUAGACAGGUACUGCUAUACCUGAAAAAAGCAAAAUAAAAUUGUCCUUUUUACUACGAUAGCUGUCACAUAGUGAGUAAUAUACAUCUGUGUUGAAUGUUUGCUUCUCGUAGUGCAACCAACGUGCAAUUCAGACCAGCACCUUUGAGUGGCCAUCAACUCCAGUCCCACCUUCUGGUAAGACACUUCAGUAUAUCUUAACCCUCUAAGUCCAAAUACAGUCAAACCUGUGUACAACGGUCACCCUUGGGAAAUGGUAAGGUGACCGUUGUAUACAGGGUGACCGCUAUAUACACGUCAACUUUGCGGAAAAUAUAAGGCAACUGAAAAUUUUGGGACGUUGUCCGGUGACCAUAAUAUACAGGAUGACUGCUAUACACAGGGAAGUUAUGUACAGGUUUGACUGUGGUUAUCACAUCAAUUUUCACCCAGCAAUAUCAGUACAUAAUCAAGACAAAAGGUUAAUAUGAGAAUUGAUAAAAAAAUCACCAAAAGGAAAAUGCUUUCAUUGAUCUUAAUCAAAUUCUCUCAACUUAUUCGUUAAGAAAAUGUAAUUGUGGAGAUCUGUCUGGAGAAUUUUUGGGGGGUAGUGGGGGAUUAAAACUAUACAACUAAAAACUCAAAAUACUAUAAGUGAAAAGCAGUACUACACAAUCAAGGAAUUGCUAUUUUAGUCACUUAUUUCUGGGUUUCCCUAACAUUCAACUUGUUCCAGGGUUCGCAAAUAUGCCAAAUGUGGUGUAUUUUACACAAAAAUUGUUCAGAUGACUCCACUGAGGUUACGGAGGGAGUCACUUUGACUCCAGAAAUUUUCGGUAACAAACAUAGUUUUGUCCUUACCUUUUUCGCAACAAAUACAAUUUCCGUUAAUUGUAAACGUUUUGCAAACCCUGUGUCCGCUAAGAAGUUUACUUCUAGGUAUUACCUGCUGCUCUCAAAGUGAGAAGCAACAUAACAACAUGCAGUAGAAGACACAUGUGGAAGCUUGUUAAGAGGAGUAAACAUAUAUUUCCGGAAUGUAGAUGUCACAUGUUAUUGUUCUUGGUCCAAAUAACUGUGAUUUAUGUUCCACCUUAGAUUUCCAGGAGAGUAGAGAGGUAUUCUAUGAGGGUGCAUUCUUAAACAUGCUCUUUAAGAAACUACAGAGACUUCUAGAUCAGGUUUGUAGUGAUCAGUAAUAAAAUUUUUUAAUAAGUAACAAAUUUUUUUUUUCUGCAAAGCAUUUCUUCCAGUUGCGUUUGGCAUAACAUAUCUCAAGAGAGUUGCUUCACAGAGUAAACCCAGCCAAUAGGCAAUAUGUAUGCACUACAGCGGCCUACCACUCAUUGCUCCCUGCCUCUAGUGACAUUUUGCAAAAGUCUUAGCACAAUCUCCUAUCGGCUGCUUUUUUUCUUUUUUUAUUCCUCACUCAACUUAUUUUAUGCUCUUUAAACUUCUAUAACAGCCGUAUGAUGUGAACCUACAAGUGACAAGUGUAAUAGCACAAUUGAGUCAGUUUAAACAUCCCCAGCUCCAAGAGUUUCUUCUUAAUGCUUCCUUGCCAUUGGCACCAGACUGUCGAUCUCUGCACUCCACUCUUCAAAAUGUGAGUUGCUUCAAAUUAUUACACUACUCUUCCGUGACUUUAUUCUGUGUCAAGUAUCUUACACAUACAUUUACUGUAAGGCCUGUAAAGCUUGGGUUCCAUAUAAUCUUUUGGAUCAUACCCCAAGUAGAGUUUGAAGGCAAACAAAUCUAGAUAUAUGAAAACACCAACACAACAGGAAUCCCCCAAAUUACCUUGCAAAUUACCUGUGUUUCCUUUAGCCGGCGGACACAGACGUAUUUCCAUUUUCUGUCACUUCUCUCCGCCUGAAUCCACUCUCGGGUGGAGAGAAGUGACGACCGGAAAUACGACUGUGUCCACAGGCUAUGUUUCCUUGGGCUAGUAAUAAGUAUUAUCUGGAAAACACCUAGUAUGAUGCCACGAGGCCCAAUUUUGACAAUUAAGGUGAUCACAAUCACUUGGAUAGACCUGAUGUCUGAAUUUAGGCAGGUUUCCAUAUAAUCAUCCAUGCCAUCUAAAAAAAUCAAGAUGAUUUAGACGACCUGGGGUCAAAUUAAUCAAACUUUUACAAGUGUUUAUAAUUUACAAGGGUAGUCAUUGUUUUCAAAAAUGAAGUCAAUCGCUACACUUGUAAGUUACACUUGUAAAAGUUUUAUUAAAAUGACCCCUUGUAUAAAGCAAACUAAGUCAUUUUGAAAGAGGUUUGUUUUUUAACAUCACGAGGAUAAUUUAUCACCUUUCCUCAGUUUAAUCAUGAGGUUUAUCUUUCACAUGAACUUGCAGGUUGUACAAGAUUUAAAAGGUAGAAUACAAAGACUUCCAAAUUUUCAACGGAAUGUUGUGUCUGUAAGAAGGCAGUUGAUGGGAAUUGCAACGUCACCAGAGCACAAGAGGUAUUACAUAUUAGUAAAAUUCAACUAGUGAUCUAUUAUCAAUGCUGCGUUCUGAUUGGUUGAGCUACUUCCAGGCUAUAAAUUAUAGCCCACUAGUAGCAAAAAGCGCCGACUUUGAAAACCAAAACAAUGGCGGCUGAAUCGCGGUUUGCUAGCUAAAGUUGUUUUGUCUCAAUAUUUUUUACCAACUAGUUGGAUUUUACUAAAACAAUAAUUUAUUAUUCCUCUCGCCCUCAUGGCCUCUGAGUGAAUAGCCCAUUUGGGCUCCAGGAAUAAUUGUUAACUGUCAUUACUUAGUAAGGCCUUGCGAUAAGUAUAAGUAGUAAUGUCAUUACUUUUUUAUUGUUAUAUGUUUUGUUUUGUUUUUUGAUUUAGGAGAUUUUUUAUAAAAACUAAUUAACUUGAGGCUGUUUUAGUUCGAACUGUUAAUAUAAGUCUAGAUUCUUUGGGUGCAAAUUCAGUUUCCAAUGAUAUUACAUUUAUAUUUACCAAAAUAAAAAACUGACCUUAGAUUUCUAGAAGUAAAUCAUAAACCUAGAGGUAGAGAGUUUUGGGUUGGUAUUAAACUUACAGAAAAUCGGACAGAAGUUGCAUUGAAAGUUAUUAAAGAUGGGUUUUUUGCUGCUUGUAUUUAUGCAACAUUUAAGCAUGAGCUUAAGAACCAGUUGGUCCCAGUUGUUCAAAAGGUGGAUAGCACUAUCCACUGGAUAAAUCUCUGUCCACUGGGUAGUGCAAUAAUUGGUUUCCCUAAUAUAUAUCCACUGGAUAGUGAUUUAUCUGGGCCAGGUUGUUUAAAGCUGGGUUAAGAUAACCCAGGGUUAGUGCAAAAUUUGAAUUCAGAUAAUAACGCUUAAGAAGCAAAUUCAGUUUAAUUCUUUUUGUCUACAAUUUGACAAUUGGAUGCUCUAAAAAGAUACAGAGAAUUAUCGGAGAAAAUGCUUUUGAACUAAAGAAAAAGAAAUCCGGAUUAAACUUUAACCCUGUGUUAGCAUUAGGCGGUCUCCAAACAAGUGGGCCCUGGUCGAUAGUGCUAUCCAGCCUUUGAACGACUGAGGCCUGAUGGAUAAAAGCAAUGUCAUGUGGUUUCUCAGGGGGCAAGCAAGUCAUUACAAGAAAUCGCGGUUGAGUGUGUUUAUUGUAGUCAACAGAAAAUGAAUUUAACUUUUCAUCUUGAAGACAAUAAUGGCCAAUUGUUGGUGAAAAGGAUCAUUAUUACUUCUGCAGUUAGCGACCAUCAGUGUUGUCACAGCAAACUAUAAUAACAUAAAUCUUGACUAAACUCGAACUGUACAUUUUACAUGAUGACUAUUAAAUUGUCAUCUUGUUUUGAUAGAAAUAUAAACAAACAUGACCGUGAUUACCCUUAUAGGCAAAUUUUGUCACUUCUUUACCCCUUGAAAUACCACAUGACAUUGCUUUUAUCCCAUCAAUCCUAAAGCACGUGGAGAGAUGGUGGGUAUCAUGGAUAAGGUCCAUUUACCAAUAAUAUCUUAGUAACAAACCGGUUACUGUUUUUCAGUCUUAGUGAAAGUAACCUCCUUGAAGCUGCAAUAGUUUUAGAGGAAUUUUGUAAGGUGAGAGACAUUUUAAAACCAUAAUCUGGCUGGGUGUAUUAAUUUUUGGUUUCAGUAGAUGUGGAAUUUCAUUGUUAAUAGAUUUACAGAAUGAAUUAAUUAUCUGUAACAAAUCCCACAAGUAAUAGUAUUAAAAAUUUACAGCAGAAACGUUACCAAUAUUACACAAGAAAAGUUCAAUGGUGAUGCUGUUAGUGGGUUUUCAAGUUAAAGUCACAUUCCACAGAUCACCAUGCUACAGAUAAAUCUAAAGUUUCUCCUAAUAUUACCAUCUAAAAUGCAUGGAACUGUUUGGUUCAGAAAACCCUUAAGGACAAAACGGUGACCUUUACUCUUAACCUGUGGUAAGUGGCCUGUAAAAGAAAAAAAAUAACCAUUUAUCCUAUGUUACAGGAACUGGCUGCUAUCGCAUUCGUUAAAGCAACAGAAAGAGUGCAAGGUCGGUAA